AUGGGUGGCGGGAUGGAGGUGCACAAGAACAAGUGGAUCGAGGAGUGGAACGCCGGCCGGGAGAACCUCGAGUUCAACUUCCGCUGGACGCGCCGCAGCCUCGCCGUCGUCGGCCUCUUCGGCCUCGCCGUCCCCAUCCUCGUCUACAAGGGCAUCGUCCGCGAAUUCGUACGCACGUUCCAUUCCCUUCUCAUGAAUCAUUUUCCUUCGCUGUUAGGGUGGCUCACCUAG